AUGAGUUGGUCUAUUUGCAUGUCUCCUGAUAGGACAACAAAUGAGAGUAGCUUAUGCUUUGAAAGCCUUACCUCUUCAGAAAUGGGUGAAAUUACCCUAGCAUCAAUGAGCACAGAUUGGUUUUCAAGACACGGUAUAUUCUUUAACUUUGAUUCCUGUGUUAAUUUUACAGGGAUUUUCAACAGUUCAUAUGCAGACUGUGCUAAAGAUGACCCUGAUAUGAGCGAGGAAAUGGAGAAGGAUAUCAUAACUUUACUGUCGGAGGAGAUUAACUUACUGAAAAAUGUAACAAAUGAUAGCUUGGAACAUACACAGGCCUUAAUCAUUGAUGCCAAGAAAACCUCUUCACACUACCAAAAGGAGGCAGAGAAGUGCAAUACAGGGAUGGAAACCUGCGAGGAAGCAAGGGAGAGGGCCCAAGCAGCACUCACAGAAGAGCGAAAGCUCUCAGUAAAGUGGGAGCAACGAGCUCGUGAAUGUGGAUGGAAGGAUGAAAGAAGAGUUUAUUCAUGA